GUCAUAUGAAGAUGAUGCAGAUGAAGCGAUAAAGCAAUGUCAAAUAUUAUUGGAGGAACCUGAUAUUGAGACGGCAGUACGGAUAGGAGAUGUUUAUGGAAUCAUGGUUGAGCAUUUAGCAAGACAACAGAACUACUCUAAGGUUUGUCCAGCUUUCGGAUUUACAUGUGCAAUAUGGGAAUAGUGAAAUUGUGAUUUCACUAUUCCCAAAUGUUCUUUAUUUCCUCUCUAAUUCAAAAAUCGCUCAGCCUUCCUUGCGUCUUAAAGGUUGCUUUCCAUUACGUCCAGCUUGCGCGCGCGGAGGAAGCGCACAAUUCGGUUGCGCGGUCAACAUUCAAAGCGUGCAUGCGCGCGUCACAAGUGAGCCGCUCGUGGUCACGCGAUAACUUUACGAUGCAUGCUCAUAGUGUCGUAAUGGAAACCGACUUUUAAGCGGAUGUAAUGGUAACCAGCCUUUAACCAAACAUUCCUUGCCUCACGUUGACGUCUGUUUCACUUCACAGGCAUAUUCAUUAAUGCAGGAACUACGACAGCGUGUCCCAAGCGUCAACAUGUCUUUCUAUGUCAACAUAAGAACUAUUGAAGUUAUCCACAAAGCACUAGAUAUUCCUCUAGAGCGUGGUGUGCAACAUAAAGUCAUCACUAAUGGCGAUGCUGGAGGCAGCGAAGACGAAGGAGAAAUUUUAGAUGAAGCAGUCGAGGAAGAUUUACAAAAUGGCUUUGAUUAA